AUGGACGGGGUCGCCAUCCCUGGCGGGGCGGCCGCGUUGCCGGCCUGGGUGGUGCUGGCGCUGGAGGCCCCGCCUCCGUGUGCGGCUUGCCCGGCCUGUGAGGCGAGGGCGUGCCCGACGGUGACGGCGGGCGAGAAGGCGGUCGAGAAGCUGGCUGGAGCGCUGCUCGGAGGGGUGGUGCACUGGCUAGUGGGGAAGGUGAUAGCCCGCAGGCAUGUCGACGCUCGCGGGUGGUGGACUAGAGCGCUCCCAGGGGAGCGCGUGGUCUGCCGGUCCGCUGACGACGAGGUCGACCACGAGCGAGUGCUGCUACACUACGUGGCAGAGGGUGAGUGGGUCAUCCUGACCCCUGACGGUGACAUCUACGCGGAGGACAUGAGCUGUGAGAACCCCGAGACGGGGCCUUCUCGGGCCUUCCCGCUGGCGCUGCGGACGCGGAAGAUGCGGAGGCUGUAUCGCUUCCGAGAGGCCCUGGGGCCCGACGAGCUGGCCGACGCGCUGACACGGGGCCGGCAGGCGGCGCUGGAGAUAGACGCCGCCCUGCCCGAGCCGAGGGAGGCUGUGGCCGUGAGCGGCCAACGGGUCUCGUGGCAGGAGGCUUCGGGCAGGCUGUCGGCCGCGGAGCGGGCCGGCCUGCUGCGCUUGGGCAUGGCCGUGGCUCGCUUGGGCGGGAAGCUUCUGGAGGUUCCUGUGGCGGGUCAGGCCUGGAUCGCCCUCAGCGGCGGGCCCGGCAUCGCGGUCGGGGCAGAGGUCGACGUGGCGGACGGCGAGGGCCUGAGCUUCGAGGGCGGGCCUGAGCCUUUCGGCGUGCUGAGGGCCUCCGACGGCAGCAUGGUGCGACUCGCUCGGCUGGACGCUGUGGCGGCCCCUGGGCGCGUGACCGAGGAGGCCGCGGGCGGGGUAUACGAUCAGCUGAACAUGGGCGGCCUCAUGAUGGUGGAGGUGUUGACUCGCCGUGUCGCCGCUGUGGUGGAUGCCUACUCGGACCCGACCAAGCCGAGCUGGACGAACGCACGCUUCUUCGAGGGCGUGAGCUCGGUGGAGGACGUCUCGGGGCCAGAGCUCAGGGGCUACAGACAGUCGACGGAGCAGAAGGAGCUGGAGGUGACGCAGCAGGCGCGGGGCGCGGUGGCGGCCGAGGCGGCCGCGGGCGCGGCCGGGCCAGGGGCUUUCUUGCCGCUCCCGCUGUUGGGCGACGCAGGCCGCCGAAUUCGCGGCAGGUCUUGCAGGGCGAGGCAGUUCGGUCGUGAGGGUCGGAUUGCGUCGGAGGUCAACGGUAUCGUCGAUGCCAUCAACUGGAUGUCGGGCUACGACUCACAUCCUGGCCCAGCUAAUGACAUGCAGCGGGAUGUGCUUGAGCGCUUCGAGGGCCUCGUGCGGGGCCGGCAGCCGGACGCCAAGUUGCAGGAGCCGCAGGCGGCCCUCCGGGAGCUGCUGCGGGGUCGCUCGCCAUAUGAUGGGCGCGGCGGCCCGACGACGGUCGCCUCCUACAGUGCAGGGCUCGUCAGCAUGCCGACGGACGUGAGCGACUGCCCGCGUCUGGAGGACCUCUUGCCUGGCGAGGCCCUUACCUUCCUGCAGGAGCGCCAGGAGCGCAUGUUACGAGAGACACCUUUGUCGACCGACGUCGAGCCGUACUUCGACUCGGUCCUCAAGUUCUACAACAAGGAGUACCGCGGCCUGGUACGUCGGCUGCUGUCAGCUGGCAUCCUGGGGUGGACUCUGACACCGAAAGAGAGGAUUGGGAUGUUUUUUGUGUGGAAGGAUGGGCGGCGCCGACUUCGUCUCAUAGUCGACGCCCGCCGUGCGAACGCCCACUUCAGAGAUCCGCCUGGGGUGGAGCUACUUAGCAGCGAGGGCCUCGCCAGGAUCGAGGUGCAGAUGCCAGACGCCGGCCUCUCGAGCUACGAGGACCUCCGCGCCGCGUUGCAGGCGCAGCAGGUGUACAUCGGCAUGGCGGACGUGAAGGACUGCUUUCAUCGAAUGCGUAUCGAUUCAGCCCUUUCGCAGUACUUUUGCCUGCCGCCGGUCAAGGCUGGGGCUUUCGGCGUGACCGAGGUCGAGGGGGCCAAGCUCGUGAGCGGCGUGAUGAACCAGCUGACGGGCGAGUUCACCGAGCUGAACCUACUGUUGCACAAGGACGAGCUGGUGCCGGGCAUGGCAGUGGCGCUUGGCACGGAGAUCGACGGCAGCCAGUUGCGCACUCGUGUGACCAGUGAUCGCUUCUGGCGUUGCCGCCAGGCCGUGCGAGGCCUCCUAGCCCGCCGCCGUGUCAAGGGGUGGGCCGUGGAGGCGGUGCUGGGCCAUCUAACCUUUUGUGGCCUCUGCUCGCGCGGCACCUUGUCAGCUUUCAAUUCAGUGCACGGCUUUGUGCGAGCCCACUACGACGAGGCGGCCGUGCUAUGGGCCGAGGCUCGGCGAGAGCUGGCCGCCUUCAGCUCCCUGAUGUACUUUUUGGAGUCAGAUUGGUGGCUGCCUUGGAAUCCGAUGGUGCAGCAGUCUGACGCCAGUCUUCACGGCUACGGGCUGGCAAGAGCUUUUUGGCCGCAGAAGCUGGUGGAGUCAGUCGGGCGCGUGCCUGAGCGAGCCCGCUUCCGCCGGCGCUGCGCCCACAGUGCUCGAGAGGCGGCGCUCUGUGCAGCUGGCUUCAGCAUGAGUGAGAGUGGAAAAUGGGAACUCAAGGGCCUUCCCGAGGACGAGGAGGAGCUGGGCCAGUGGGACGUCGCGAGGGACUUCCCGGAGGUGCCCGCCCAGGGGCUCCGCGCAGGCCUUUGGGAGCCCUGUUUCGCGAGAGCCUGGCAGCACCCUGAGGGCAUCUUGACCUUGGAGGCCCGAGCCCUGUCUACUCUUCUGGCUGAGCUGUUGGAGCUCGAGGGCUCCCAGGCGAGCCCAGGACGGGUCUCCGCCUGGGCCGAGCCCGAGCGGGCGGCCGAUGGCGUCGCGGCCCGCGAUGCUGCCUCGGCGCCCUCGAGCGCCAGACGGGCGGGAGCGCUCUCGGAGCCCCCAGCAGGCCAGGCGAGGCGCGCGGCCUGGGGCGGGCCGCCGGCGGACGAGGCUGCUGGCGCCCCGCCAGCCCGCGGCCGGGGGGUGAGGCGCACGCGGCAGCUGGUCCCUGCGCCGCCGAUAGCGCCGCUGCCGCUGCCGGCAGCUCGGCGGGAGCGUCAGCUGGGCGAGUCGGGGCUCUUGAAGACGGCUGUGCUGAGCCGACCCCUGCCGCGGAGCCUGGGGCAAGUGGUGGAGGACCUGACGAAGGUGCCUGUGCCUGCGGAGCCCGCUCGGGGAGCGCGAGAGAGCGUCGACUCCUCCGACAGCGGGAGCUCCGAGCCCGAGGUCGUGACCGGCGCCGCGCGGCUGCGCAGGCUCGCGCAGUCGCAGAAGCGCCGUGCUCGCCACUACGGGAUGCCUGCCGGCGAGGAGGGUUUCUCUCUCCUGGAGCGGGAGGCCGUGCGGACCCCGACGCAGCGCGAGUACCAGAGGGCCUGGGACGGAUGGCGGGACUUUGCCCGUCGGAGCUGGCCCUCGGUCGACAUCGACGAGGUCAUGAAGAGCAGAGACGAUUCCGUGGUAGACUCGGCGUUGGUGAGCUACCUGAACGGCCUGUACCAGGCUGGGACUCACCUCUCCUGGGCCGAGAAGCUGAUGGCGGGGGUCUUGCACUUCAACCCCGACUUCUCGCGCUACGGUGCUCGGCGCCUCCCCCGGGGCUGGAGAUGCCUCCGGGCCUGGCGGCGCCUGGAGCCGCCGCGGACGAGGAAGCCGUGGGCGCUGGCGUUGUGGUGCGCAAUGGCGUGGCGCAUGAAGGCCCGUGGCAGUCUUCAGAUGGCGGUGUUCACGUUGAUAGCAGUCAGCGUGUAUGCCCGCCCCAGCAGCCUUUUGCUCCUGAAGCCGGCCUGCCUGGUGCCGCCAGCGCCGGGAGUGUGCGAGUUCUGGACCUUGAGGCUCUUUCCAGAGGAGGAGGACCUGAGGGACAAGACGGGCCUGGGGGACGUGUCGCUAGAGUUAGACUCGCCCUGGAUUCGCUUCUUGGACCCUGUGCUGCGUCAGAUGAAGAAAGAGGGCCACCCCGAGUGCCUGUGGAACUUCACCAGCGCGCAGCAAAACGUGUUCCUGGUCUGCGAGGCUCAGCUCGCGGACAUCAUUUUGGGGCGCGCCUCGCCGGUCGACUUGCGGGAGCUCGACCACGCCUGA